AUUCUUUUUACUUUGUUUUAAAGUAAAGAUAGGUGAGUAGAAAUAAAUUGAUAGUUUUUACUAUUAAUUAACAUUAUUUUGUGUGACGCUUUUUUAAUACACAAAUAAUUCUUUUUGGGUUUGUUGUUCGAUUAUUCGUGAAGAUCUGCUUUUUAACGAUAAACUUAUACAAUUCAUCAAAAUUACUCUUCUCUUUUCUUCCCCAACUUAGAUAAAUAUGAAGUCUGAAGGUCAAUCCUUCAUCAUUGUCCAGCGAGUUGGAACGCUUCCGGUCGUUGCAUCAGCCUUUGGUUCCUUGUCGACCUUCUACCAACGUUCUAAAGAGUCCUCCGCUCUUGUCAAGUUUACUUUGGAGAAGGCUGAAACUGGCAUGCACGUAGUUGCUAAGACUGCUGCCCCAGUAGUAACAAAGUUGGAAAAGCCUAUUGGAAGAUUGGACGAAUACGCUUGUUCGAAAUUGGAUGUAAUUGAGGAGAAGUAUCCAAUUAUAAAAGCUCCUGCUGAAGAGUUUAUUUCUGAAACUUACGGAGCUGUAAAACAAUAUGGAGCAAAUAAAUUGGGAUCGUUUCUACCCAAAGUCGACCCAAUUUUAGAUUAUGCUGAUCGCACUGUUGACUAUUACAUGCCUGCUGUAGGCGAUGAAAAGAAGGAAUUUGAAGAAAACAAAGAGGAAGAUGAGAAAGACUCGGGACCAACUGAAAAAGUGGUCGCUAUUUCUACAAAAGUUCGUAGAAGAAUGUUUAUUCAAGCUAUGAACCAAGUUAGAAAUGUGAAAAGACGUUCUGCUGAGGCUAUUGACCGUCUCAAGCAUACCGUUAAUUUAAUAGAGUAUGCGAAAGCUGUUGAUGGAAAAGUUCGCUAUGUGUGGAAUGAAAUCCAAAAGAACGAAGAAGAAGUUGAAAAUGACCAUAGAGAGGAGCUGAACAACAAACCCAUUUCGAACGCAGAAACUAUUGAAAAGAGAAUUAUCGCCACUGCCCGUCAUUUAACCAUACAGUUGAAACGUACGAUAAGUUCCUUCUCAACUGUCAAAGUUUUACCCCCAGCAGUUUCCGGACGCCUAUCAGAAACCAGAAAAUUAACAGAUGAUUUUUAUUGGUCCCUCUCUCAUGUCUGUAAUCAUGCCCACCGUUCCUCUCAAGCUGCUGUUAAUCACUGCUCUACAAUUCUGAAAACAUUCAAACUGGAAGAUGUUCCUCAAAAAGCCCUAGAAAACGCCCGUCUUGGUCUGGUUAAAGUACAAGACAACGUCAACUACAUCACGGAUUAUUUGUUGCAGUUGAUUAUACCAGAUUACAAUAUGGAUGGUGUUAACGUGUUCGACGAUUUUAUUGAAUUCCAACCUGAAUUAAACGGUUUCGCAUUUACAGAAAUACGUUACGUUCCUCAUCAAUAA